AUGGGCCCAGAGCAGAAAGGGAGUGGGGGCCGUGACCUGGCCUCCUGGGCCAUGUUAGGCCUCCAGCCGCCAUCUUUGCCAGUCUGCAGAGCAGGAAGCGAAGCCUCAGCCUUGCUCGUGCAUUUCUCCACAUUCCGGCCUUUUGGAGAGUGCAUCUCUGCUGGAAAUGGCUCCUACAGCCGUGCAGAUGACGGGAGAGCUGGCGAGAGCAGUCUGCCCCCCAGAAGGGACAUCACCGAGGAACAGAAGGCUCAGGGCUGGGAGGGCCUGGCAAUGAGGUCAUGUGGGCGACCACUCUCCUUUGGUUAUCCAGAAAGUGACCCCACCCCCCAGUCUAGCUCCCCGGGGUGGGGGGCAAGGAUCAGCCAUUACUCCCUGGCUGUCUAUUGCCCGGUCCCAGAGCCCCUAGCCCCUAGUACUCUCGACCUCCUUGGCUCUAUGCCCCUAGCCUGGCUCUCCCCACUAGGGUUCUGGGCCAUCGGCCUCCUCUGCCGCAUCCUCCUGGGCACCACCAGUCGUUGGGGGGGGGAUGAAGAGAGAGAGAGCGAACAAAAGGCAGGCUGGGUGCUGCUGGAGGGGGGCAGGGCCAGGCCCGGACCGGGGAGGCGGGGAGGGGGGCAGAGCCAGGGGAGAGGGGGGCCUCUAGGCCCCAGCAGGGAGGGAAGGGAGGGGGAGGGGGAGCCUCCAGACCUCGGCGGGCUGGGGGGGGGGGAGGGCGGAGGGGCGGGACAGGCUGAGCCUAUAAAGGACCGCAGUCACCCCGGCUCCGGGCCCGCCCCGCAGGCCCCUGGCGCCCGCCCCGGGAUGGCCCCAGCCCCGGCCCACAGCCGCCGCCUGCCCUGGCUCCCCGGAGCUCUCCUGCUGCUGCUCGUGCUGCUGCUCGCGUCCCUGAACCGGGUUCUGGCUCGGCCGGCCCCGCUACAGCCCGACUCAGCACUCAAGGAGGAUGGACCCUGGCUUGAGGAUGUCCCCAAGGCUGCAGCCUCCAAGCCAAUCCUUCCCAUGCAGGCUGCCCCUCAGUGGGCCACAGCUCAGGGCCGCCCCCGCUGUGGUGUGCCCAACCUGCCUCGCGGAUUGCGCCUCCAGAACCGGCAAAAACGCUUCGUGCUGUCUGGUGGGCGCUGGGAGAAGGUCAACCUUACCUACAGAAUCAUGCGGUUCCCCUGGCAGCUGGUCAAGGAGCAAGUACAGCAGAUGAUGGCAGAGGCCUUACGUGUAUGGAGCAAUGUGACCCCACUUACCUUCACGGAGGUGCAAGAAGGCAGGGCAGAUAUCAUGAUUGACUUCACUAGGUACUGGCACGGAGACAAUCUGCCUUUCGAUGGACCUGGAGGCAUUUUGGCUCAUGCCUUCUUCCCCAAGACCCACCGGGAGGGGGAUGUGCACUUUGACUAUGAUGAGACCUGGACCAUUGGGAACAACCUGGGCACAGACUUGCUCCAGGUGGCCGCCCAUGAGUUCGGCCACGUGCUGGGCCUCCAGCACUCAAAUGAAGCCAAAGCUCUGAUGUCCCCUUUCUACACCUUCCGCUACCCUCUGAGCCUGAGCCCAGAUGACCAGCAGGGCAUCCAGCACCUCUAUGGACAGCGGCUUGUGCCCAGCCCAGAGCCCCACCCGACCCUGGCCCCUCCAGCCCCAGGGCCCACCAGGCCCCACCCCAAAGCACCUCCCCCACCCCAGCCAGGUGACAUAGACACCAACGAGAUCUCCUUGGAGCCAGACGCCUGCGACACAGACUUUGAUGCUGCAGCCACCAUCCGAGGGGAACUGUUCUUUUUCAAGUCGGGCUUUGUCUGGAGGCUGAGGGCUGGGCAGCUGCAGCCCGGCUACCCGGCCCUGGCUUCUCGCCACUGGCAAGGCCUGCCCACUAGCCUUGAUGCUGCCUUUGAGGAUCCACAGGGCAACAUUUGGUUUUUCCAGGGACUGCUGUGAGGAUCCACUGAGAUCAUAAUUGUAAAAAGCACUUAGCCACAGGGCCACAGUAAGUGCCUAACAAAGGUUGGUUUCCUUCCUCUCUCCCUCCUCCCUCCCUCCCUCCCUCCUCCCUUCCU